CAACGUAUGUGUCUACGACCAUUACCCAAUCUCGUCACCAACCACCAACCACCAGUACACAUUACAUUCAACCCUUGUCCUCCCCGCUUCGUCUAUAGUCGCUUGAUGUCAGACCUACCUAUGGCCAAGAAUCAUGACUCAAUGGGAUCAUUGAAUGUCGGAUUUGCCAUAAACUACAUUUAAGGUGCCUAUAGUAGAUGGUAUUCGACAAAUCGGAAAAAGACCUCUCCAGCCUGUUAUGCCCUAUAACAGAAUGAUUGUCUUCUCACGGUGGGCUAUUGUAUAGGUACCCGGCGUCAUAGCUUUCGAAUAUUCAGUUAUACCUAUCCGAAAUGGUGCAGCAUCCCGCGAACCCCCAAACCGAAACCGCUGACCCGAGCACGGCAGCAGUGGUGCAGGUAAACCCCAACCUCACCAUCGCGGCACCUCGUUCGAGACGCGGCCACGGCCCAGGACUUAUUCUCCUGGUCGAUGAUCCGGAGCUCGACCUUCGCCAUCACGAGAAAACCCUGGACCCGCCGCCGUUGUACAAAUGGGCGGAAGAGGGCUUCGCUGUCGCGCAGGUGCGGCUGGGGAUUGGGGGAGACGACAGCGAAGGAAACGAAGAGGGGUCGGUAGAGAGUCUGCUGAGCCAGGCAGUCGCGGAGCUGGCGAAGCUGCCGGCUUGUGACGAGAACGAGAGGGGGAUGGGAGUUAUCCUUUACACGUCAGCCGUAGAGCCGGCGGUGCUGGAGGCGAUCCAGACAUGUGGCGCGGCGAUCUGCGCGGUGGUGUGCUACGGCGCACUGGUUCCUGCGGCCAUCGCUGCCGAGAGCGGCUUCAAGCUGCCGCUGCUCAUGCACGUGCCCGGAGCAGCUGAAACGGAGAACACCAACGCAGCAAAAAAAGGAGACGAUGGCCAGGAGGCAAAACGCCACUACUACGCGGCGGCGGGCGGCGCGCAGCCCUUCUUCGCCAUCCCCGCGCACGCGUCCUACCACGCCGCCUCGGCCAGCGUGUCGCACACCCGCACCCUCGCCUUCCUCAAGCCGCUCACGGGGGGCCCGCUCUUCGACCUCGAGGCGAUCUGGGACGAGCACACGUACUGGGAGUUCGACGCGCGCGACGUCGCGGCGACGAUGGCGACGAUGGUCGAGCAGCCCUACGUCAACCACGUGCCGACGCUCACCGGCGGCGUGGGCCGUGAGGCGCUGACGCGGUUCUACAGGGAGCAUUUUAUCUUUAGCAAUCCGGAUGACACGGAGCUGGAGCUGGUGAGCAGGACGGUGGGCGUGGAUAGGGUGGUGGAUGAGUUUUUGUUCCGGGCGACGCACGAUCGGGUGGUGGACUGGCUGGCGCCCGGUAUCCCCCCCACCGGCCAACACAUCAGCGUCCCUUUCACAAGCGUCGUCAACAUCCGCGGCGACCGCCUCUACCACGAGCACAUCAGCUGGGACCAGGCGACGCUCCUGCGGCAGCUGAAGCUGCUUCCGGAGUAUCUCCCGUUCCCGUGCCCCGUUGCCGGAGAGCCGUCUACUACUACUACUACUACUACUACUACUGGUGGUAGUGGUGCCACUGGCUAUGAAUACCGACUCCCCGUCGCCGGCGUCGAGAGCGCGCACAAGUUGGCUGACCAGAGCUCGGUGGAGUCGAAUGCUAUGCUUGAGUAUAGGUAUAGGAAAGCCAACUAACAUAGGUACUGUGUAUGUAAGACGGGCGGGCUACUGUUAAUACCUAGGGUAUAUGUAAUUGGCCUUACAUAGGGUAGUGUACCUAGUGUAGCACAAACGCGCACAGCGAGCCGCAUGGGCGUGUCUCUUGGUCG